CGCUCCAGUGCGUAAAGAGCGCAGAGCGCACAGGAGACCGUGCCGCUGCAGCAGUGCGUCCUGUCCGCUCCUCCCCGGCCCGGGAUCACCACCAGAACACAGACCUGCUCCCUCCAUGUCGCUCGGCUCUUCUUCUCCGUGACUCCUCUUCGCCAUGAGCUGCUUGGAUGUGAUGUACCAAGUGUUCGGUCCUCAGCCUUAUUUCAGCUCCUACGGCCCCUACCACCACCAGAAGCUGGCCUUGUACUCCAAAAUGCAGGACCCCCAGGACGGCGGCGGCCGGCUGGGCCCCCCGGGGCCCCCGGCCAUCAAGGAGGAGGACAAGGAGCUGCCGCCGGGCGCCGAGUACCUGAGCUCCCGCUGCGUCCUCUUCACCUACUUCCAGGGCGACAUCAGCGCCGUGGUGGACGAGCACUUCAGCCGCGCGCUCAGCCAGACGACGGCGGCGGCGGCGGCGGCCGCGUACGCUGCGUCCGGCAGCCACAAGAGCGUAAGAGACGGAUCGUUCCCGAUGAGCCAGCGGAGUUUCCCUCCGUCCUUCUGGAACAGCUCGUACCAGCCGUCGGCCUCGUCCUCGCUGGGCAACGCUCUGUCCGGCCCCCACGCAGAGCUCUCCUUCCCCGGGGACCCGUACUCCUCCGCCUCCCUGCACGGCCACCUCCACCAGCCCAGCCCGGACGCCUGGCACCCGUCCCACCACCACCACCACCACCACCACCAUCCGUACUCGCUGGGCGCCCAGGGCUCGGCGUACCCACGCGCGGGGGUCCACGAGAUGUACGGCGCCGCGUUCGACCCGCGCUACGGCUCGCUGCUGGUGCCGUCGGUGAGGCCCCACCACCGGCUGACGCCCGGCAGCUCGGCGCCGGGGCCCAACGCCUCGCCCUGCGACCUCGGGGGGAAGGGGGAGUCCGGGACGGGGUCGACCUGGAGCGGCGCCUUCACCGGGGCCGGGGCAGAAAUCGGACUCAACAUGGACACAGGUCUACAGGCACAGGAUAAGAGCAAGGACUUGUAUUGGUUCUAGAGACUGAUGAUGCAUCCUUCCCCCCCUCCUCCACUACUUCUUCUCUGCCCCCCCUCCUCCAGUCCUGCUCUACUCUGCUGCUGUUGACAGAGAAACUGAAAGCGGGGCUUUUUUUUAAUUAUUUUGAAAAUGCUGUAACGGCUUCUGGUCUACUUGCAGCUCUGUGUUACGGCGGCGGCGGCGCGGCCCUGCUGAGCUGAACGCCGACAGUGUGGAUACAAUGAUAAAAAACUAAAAAAAAAAGGAAAGAGAAAAGUGGACUCGCGGAAGAGAGGAGGCGUCCGAAUCGGAUCUUUUGACGGAUGUGGACAAAAAAGACGAGACCCUUUGUGCUUCUGUAACAGGCCCUGGGACAACAUUCCUAAAGUGGGACGGAGAGAGAGAGAGAGAGAGAGAGAGAGAGAGAGGGGGAUAAAAGAACAAGGAAAAAAAGUCUGGGGACAGACGGACAGAGACACGUGUUGCCGAACUCCGACGACGAGCCGCUCGGAGGGGACUUGGCAGGACUUGGCUCGACUGGGGGCGACUGGGCCGCAGACACACUGGGGGCGUGUUAUGGCUGCGGGGAACAGGCCUCGCCGGCCGCACAGCGAGAACCGGCCGGACGGAUGG